GAAGUGGCUGCGAUUUAGGAGUUGAGUUUUGUUGAGAUCUCGAAGGCGUAUGGUACCCAAAACAGAAGUGGUGUGAAGAUGUCCUCAGAAACUAAUACUGGACCCAUGAUUGGGCAGCGUCACCUGCAAACCUUUUUGCUUUUUAUGGCCAUUGUGGUCAACUACAUGGGCAAGUUCAAUGCCGGAGUGGCGAUCGUGGCCAUGACGAACGCUGAGAGCAGCAAUCCCAACUUUCCGGAAUAUGAUUGGAGUGAAAUGCAGCGCUCCUACAUCCUGUCCAGCUUCUUCUGGGGCUACAUUUGUACCCAGUUCCUGGGCGGAUGGAUGAACCGAAGACUGGGAGCCAGGAUAACUAUGUUUAUCUCUACUCUUGGUUCGUCCCUGCUGGUUCUACUGCCACCCUGGUGUGUGUCCUGGGGCGGUUGGCAGGCCUACUGCGGCAUCCGGGUGGCCAUGGGUCUGUUCCAGGGGCUUCUCUUCCCCUGUAUUCAUGCCCAUCUGGCCAACUGGUGUCCGGUGAACGAGCGGAACCGGCUGGGAGCACUGGCCAACUCGGGCAUCGACUGCGGCACCCUGGUGGCCAUGUUCGUCAGCGGGGUGAUUGCCUCCUCCAGCAUUGGCUGGCCCGGCAUCUUUUACGUGUCUAGUGGAAUGGGCAUUUGUUGGUGCAUCUUCUGGUUGCUCCUGGGAGCCGACACCCCACGGAAGUCCCGGCUCAUCGGUGAGGCGGAACUGAACUAUAUCGAAAACUCGAUCAACUCCAGCCGGAAGGAGGACACGGAGAAGCUCAAGGUCACUGGCCGGAUUCCAGUGCCUUGGAAGGCCAUUUGGACGUCGGUUCCAUUCUGGGCCCUGAUCUUCACACGAUGCUGUCAGACCUGGGGCUACUCCACCCUCCAGACCGAGCUGCCCGCGUACAUGAACGGUGUCCUGCAGAUGGACAUGAAGAAGAACGCCCUGUUCUCGUCCUUGCCCUACUUCGCCUCCUGGAUCAUGGCCUUCGUCUAUCUGUUUAUCGCCGAUAUCCUACUGACUAGAGGCAUUAUGACCAUCACUGCCAUUCGCAAGUCGAUCAACACCUUGGCCUUCUUCACGCCGGCCGUUACCCUGAUCGGCGUGAGCUUCCUGGACAGUGAUCAGAAGACCCUGUCCGUGGUCCUGAUGUGCACCAACAUCGGCAUCAAUGCAGGCUCGACCAUCGGCAGUACCAUCAACACCAUUGACUUGUCCCCGAAUCAUGCGGGUAUUAUCAUGGGAAUCGUGAAUACAGCCGCCAAUAUUAUGCCCAUUUUAACGCCCCUUCUUGUGGGAGUGAUUGUUAAGGAUGUGACCAAUCGUUUCGAAUGGCAAAUAGUGUUCAUCAUAUCCGCCGUGCUCUUUUUUGUGGGUAACAUAGUCUACCUUAUGUUUGGUCAGAUGGUGAACCAACCUUGGGAUGCCCCCGACUUUUUGUCCAAGCAAAAAGACAGCCACCUCCAGGAGGAGGGACAUUCCAAGGCCCUGGAGGCAAACAAAAGCCAAUUCUUGGAGGAUGAAAAGCGCAAGGAGAGUGAAGCCACAAACGAAAACACAGACUUGUAGACUUUACUGAAAACUACACCCGGCAGGUCCGGGUCUAGAUAGCUAUUUAGGUAACCUUAAUUAGAUUCUAGGUUGUAUAAAUUAAAUAAAUUAAUUGGUU